AUGACUUCAAAUGACUCUCGCGAACUUGUAUUUAUCCAGGCUGGGCCAGCGUCAAAUUGGAUUGGUGCGCACUUCUGGAAUUUGCAGGAAUCGAUUGUCCUUCAAAAUCCGAGUGAUUCAGUCUUCAAUGCUCCCUCUCUUUUUCGUUUAAAAGAAAAGAGUGGCCUAGCUAAUGCCAUGCCACGUCUAAUCGCCAUUGAUACUCUUGGAAGUAUUCGUAGUCCCCAUGUAGAAACAGCCUCUUCCAUGCCUAAUUCUGUCACUGUUGCUUGGGGUGGUGAUGUUCAGACUAUUGUGCAGGAUGCUAAGCCACAAUCUCACUCAAAUGGGCAUGAUCAUGCCCCAGUAGUAAAUGGGGAUUCUGAGCUUCGUUACUGGACUGAUUGCUUACUCCCUUCUGUAAAACGUAGAUGGAAAGGUGAGGAGUCUGUUUCUGUCAUUAGAGACUUUCUCGAUGCAUCAUUUCCUGGAGAUCUUUUCGCCUCACCAACGAAUUCCCAAAACAAUUCGCAAGAGCAUAUUCAAGAUAGCGACUCUCCUUCUACCUUAUCGUUGUUCGCUCAAGGCACAGACCUCUAUAGACCCGGUGGGGAGGAAUUCGAGAAAUUUGAAGAUUAUUUCCAUCAUUUAGUUGAGGAAUGCGACCGUCCGAGUGGAUUUUCCCUUUUAAUCGAUUCCGAUUCAGGUUUCUCUGGUGUCGGCUUGAGGUUGGGUGAGUAUCUGAGUGAAGAGUUUGCUAAGAGUCCUCUUUUCACAUCUGCCGUCGCGUCAUCCCCUCUUCAAAAUCAUCGGCGCUGGUCUAUCGUAUGUCUUAACCGAAUUGCUCUCUAUUCGGCCAUGGAAAUGGCCUCCAGCUGGUCCUCUUGUUCUGCUUGGUGCCCGCUGAUGGAUGUUGGGGAUGUCUGUUCGACAACCAGCCGACUAGCUGCUGGAUUAACUACUCUACUCACGCCUAUGCUUCUCAAGUCUUCCCAUGUCUACUCCGCUGAUUUACAUGAAUUUGUUAAAUCUCUCACACCGACUAGGAAAAAGAUGAUGUCUUUCUCUCUUGUCAACGAGCGCCUUUCUUCAGAAUUUAAUUCCAAACCCAAAUGGACACAUGCGAACACUUUCAGUAUAUGUCAGAAGACAUCUCCGGAAUUACCUUCCACUUAUCCUCUUUCGUUAGCCUGUCAGUUCUCAACUCGUGGUUACAAACUGGAAGAUGGACAGUUUAUUUCCUGCCUUCCACAUUCUGGUGGUGUAGCGUGUUCAAUAGAACAGGGUCUUCAACCACGGUUAUCAUGCUGCCUUCCCACAGAUGUCUUAAAUGCACCCCAUUCCAGUAGUGCCGCGAUUACAUCAUCAUGUAGCCAAUCCCGCUCGCGUGCGCAUGUCCUUCUCGAGGCUGUCAGUCAUUGGACAGAGGAAAGCCAAUGGCUAGCUCGUGGGCUGAAGCAGAAUAUGGAUAGUGCCUUCCUCAAGUUUCAUAAUACCUGUAUUGAAAAAGAUGAGUUAAAACAAAUUCAAGAAUGUGCUGUGGAUAGGCUCGUUGAGGCGUACGCUUCAAUGGAUGGUUGA